CUUAGAUGCUUUUUUAAAGUUGUUUUGCAACAUUAAUCUGUUUCUGAUGGUUGAUAUGAGUGCCUUCUGCAUCAGGCUAUGUCAAGAAUGCCAAACUUUGAUUGAAAACCAUGAUAACAUAAAGCUUCUCAGCAAUGCGAGGAAUAACUUGAAUACAACCUUAAAGGAUGAAGUCCCAACCAAGCCAAGAUUGCCAUCAAGUCCAUACCAAAAGCCUCUGAAAUCAGUCGUGCCACCACUGAUUCCAACUGAAGAUGAGCAGGAGAAGCAAGAAGAAGUCUUCAUGGGAACUCUUGUAAAGCUUUUAGUCGACGCCUGUGCAUCUGUUUUGAAAUUCUUGGGGAAAAGCAUUCAAACUAUCAAGAACAAAGCCAGCAGAAAUAGCAGCAUAAGAAUUCAAUUGGGUUCAUGUUUAAACCCUUAGAACAAUAGAAUACAUGUUUCAGUGUAUAAUGUACAUAGCUGUUUUAAUAAAACAAGCCUAGUUUUGAUGCAUGAGAUUUGAGUUAAUUGAUAUCACAACAUGUACAUAUAAUUUUCAGUCUUCACACCACAUUACUAUCAAAAGAACUGUCGUAUGAAUAAAAUAUGCACAACAAUUACAAAACAAGAACCGUCGUAUGUAUAUAAUAGAUACGACGGUUACAAAAUAAAAACUGACUUAUGAAUCUCAAACAGACAACAAAUGUUCAUAAAAACCGUGGUAUGAAUAAAUGUCACACCACGGCAAAUUGCUGUCGACAGCUUGUCGACAGAUCUGCCGAUCCCAUCAG